CCGUCCUCAAACUCGACCACGUUUCAUGUUAUUACUUUGUCGUUGAAAUCCUGUAUCAAAAGCUACCAUGUUCCCAUCGUGUUCCAAACCCACGGACAGCGGCGGAAAGAGGAGCUCCAUUGCUAAGCUGCUGCUUGGUGUGUUCGUGGUGUACAUGCUCCACACCGCCUGGCUGCUGUACGGCUUCAUCAACACCAAACCCUGCGAUGGAGGCAGAGGAGAACACUGCAUCACCUCCUACCUGACAGCAAGACCCAGACUGCAGCUGAGUGUCUUCACCUGCCUCCUGCCAGACAACAGCCAGCUCAACCUCGCUGUAAAAAUAGACCCAUUUGACCCACACUCCACAUUUGAAAGGCAGGUGAAUGUCUCUCUGCCAGAGGAGACUCGGGCUAAUGGCACUCUGUAUGCAGUCGUUUACAUUCACAAGGCUGGUGUUUCACCCCUGGAGGACAGCAGAGAAGUUCACUAUGCAGCUCAGCUCACCACCCACAUCACUCCCACACACACGCAGGGGCAGAGAGACACGCAGAAGAGAUCCAGCCCCAGAUCGGAGAAUCCUGUAUCCCACUGGAGACCUCACCUGUCAGUCACCAUGAUGUCCGAGGACUUCACCUUCAACAAGGCGGGGCUUCCCAGUGACGUGCGGCGCUACAUGAGAGUGUCUCAGGAAGGCCGACAGAUGAUCUACCUUCCUCUGCUGCUGGUUAAUGAACUCAGUGUCAGAGUCAGAGACCUUGUGGAGAUCGGCAGCAGCACUGUUCAGCUCCCUCUGACUGUGUCCUAUGAGGGAAUCUCUUUAAGGAGAUUCAGGUUCUGGGUCCAUCUACAGGAUGUGGUUUAUUCCCUACGACAGUUUGGUUUCACAGAGGAAAACAUUGAUGAAAUUAAAGAAACUCUGAUGGGAUCCAACCUCUACCUGUUAGUGCUGACUGCACUCAUCACGGCUCUGCAGCUCAUCUGUGAAUUCUUGGCUCUUAAAAAUGACAUCAGCUCAUGGAGGAAAAAGAAGAGCAUGGCGGGAAUGUCCAGGAAGUCAGUUCUGUGGCGUAGUCUCAGCACUUUGCUAAUUUUCCUCCAUCUGCUAGAGGAGACCAGUCUGCUGGUGCUGCUCCCCGUCGGACUGGGAGCAUGUGUGGAGGUGUGGAAGGUGUUUAAAGUGUUUAAGAUCCAGUGGCAGUGGAAAAGCUCCAAGCUCCAUGUAAAUAAGAUGGAUGAAGAAGAGAGGAAGACAGUGGACUAUGAUACACAGGCGUCCAGAUACUUGUCCUACUUGGUCUAUCCUUUGUGUAUCAGCGGAGCUAUUUUCUCACUGGCCUACUUACGCCAAAAGAGUUACUAUUCCUGGUUGAUCAACAGCCUGGUGACUGGGGUGUACGCCUUUGGCUUCCUUUCUAUGGCCCCACAGCUCUUCAUUAAUUACAAGUUGAAGUCUGUGAGCCACCUGCAGGGGACAGUGUUGAUGUACAGAGGAGUGAACACACUGAUCUCAGAUCUGUGCUCCUGUGCCUCCUUUUUCUCCUCCUCUGGAUCGUUCUCCUCCUCUCAUCAACUCUCCUGCUUCAGAGAUGAGCUCCUUUUCCUCCUCUACCUCUACCAGCGAAGGUGUUACGCACCCAAGGCCAGAAGACGAGACUCUGGGACCCACAGCAAGAAAAUAAAGACUCAGUGAGGAGAGGACAAAUGAAUUGUUUUCGGAAACGAAUGUACAAAAACAUAAAAACUAAUCUUUGACAAACAGAGGCACUAAUCAGCCUUGAAGAUGUGAAACAGAGACGAGGGCAGGACACUCGGCCACGUCUGAUCUGAUCCGACCUGUCCUGCUGUACACUCAACGGUGCUGCUGCUUUCUGCUUGGCAUUGAUGAAUCCCCUUUACAGCGGCAGUGAAUUACACUAAUUCAUUCACCUACAGAUCCCUCCCUGCUGCACGUUACCCUGGAUUGUCUUUCUGGAUUUCAGCAUUUGCUUGAUUCUGCUCCUCAUGCACACAUUUCCUGGUACAUUGUAAAAGAUUGAACUUUCAACUGCAAGUAUCGUUUGAUCACCAUUAAUCCACACCCAUCUUCUCUUACUUGUCUUGAACUUUAUGACUGACUCAACUGUUUUUUGUAAAAGCCUGAAUUAUGAAUCUCCCUUUAAAAUUCACUUUAAGAAGCUGCAAAGUAAAAAUAUACAAAAAAAAUAAACCAAAAAAACUUGUAUUUUAAAUAUUCUUUGUAUAGAUUUAUAAACAUUCAGUAUAUUCUGUAUGUUUGUUCCAGCGUCUCACUGAAGCUUGGACAGCCUCUAAUAAUGGCAUAAAAUGUCCAAUGAAAAAAAAGCAUUUCACUCACGCUACAUGAAGCUGUACUCUUACUCAUGCUCUCUAUACAGACUGAAAUAUUCAAAGUCAAGAUAACAUCAUUUUAUGGUUGCACCAUUACAUCAAAUAAAAAUUAUUCUGCACAACGAGCUCAGCGUUACAUACAGUAUUUAGGCCCUUUGUAAACUUUGUUGUCCUGACUGAAAUUUAAAAUAAUACUCUGUGGUUUGAACGUUGUAUCGUGACACGUUUGUAAUGAUGGACCUGCAGGGUGGCAGAUAAGCCUCAUGGUGCCAGACAGCAAUUAGAAGAUCAGACCAGCAAAGUGAAGCACUUGAAUAUCUAUUGUAUUUUUUAUCUCUGGUAGUUGAUGUUGCACAUUAAGUCCCUCGUCACAUCCUGAAGCCGUAUUAACGUCAAGGUGCUGAGGUUGUAGUUGAAAUCCAACACACCAGAGUGUACACACUACCAGAUGUAUAGAUCUAAUGUAAGUCUCAUGAACCCAAAAUUCUUGAUGUUAUUAUUCUGAGUUAUUCCCACUGUCAUUGUACUGUAAGUUAUUUUAAAAAAGACUGUUAACGUACUGUGAGAGACCACAAGUUACUGCACUUACUACAAAUUCUGCCUGUGUUUAUGAAAUCCCCACAAUGCACUUUGACUUAAAAGAUGCAAUAUAGUUGCUUAAUUGAAGAAACCGUCUUUUCCCUUUCACUCAGCACACAAAUGCAUCACAUAGUAUGAGAACCAUUUAUCUACAGGCUAUCUAUAGGCAGCAAUGCCGCUGCAAAUGCACUACCCAGAUUUUGUUUACUUUUUUUAUUAUUGCGCUUGUGCUACACUUAUCUCAAUUCUGCUAAAUUCUACUUCUUUGCUGAAUGAACUUGAAUUUACAAAAAUCUAAUCAUUUAUUUUUCAUUAUUUUAUUUGUCAUUGCUUUGACAAUGUACCCUGCUUGUAAAUGUUUUUUUUAAUAAUAUUGAAAAAAUAAAAAUGUAACCGGCUUUACGGUUCAUGUAAAUCUGAGCUAAACAAUGUAUGGAUUGUGGAGUGAGUAUGUAUCAACAUGUGCAAUCAAGAGACUUCAGCACAGACAGCAGGCUGGUAUUCAUGGCAUUUGCUUGAUUGGUUUCUGUGGAGGAAGUUUCUUGCAUUGCUUACUUUGUGUG